AUGACGGAAGUUUCUUCUACCAGGUUGUACUUGGGCAACCUCCCUCGCAACGCUACCAAGGCGGAUGUCGAGGCCCACUUCAACACUCAUGGCACUGGCGAGAUCACCGAGAUCAAGCUCAUGAAUGGCUUUGGAUUCAUCGAAUACAAGGAUGCUAUGGACGCGCGAGAUGUGGUUCCCGCCUUCCACGGCUCGGACUUCAUGGGCGAGCGCUUGACUGUUCAGUUUGCGCGUGGCACUCGUAAUCGUGAUGCUUUUGCCAAUACUGAACGUACUGCCCCUCGUCCAAGACGCACUCCGCAUCGCAUGCAGAUAUCUGGACUUCCAGGUGAAACCAGCUGGCAGGUCUGUUUCCCCCGUUCCUUCAAGACCCGGACUCUUGGAUCUCAAAUCUUGCUAUUUGGACUCUGA